CGCAGCGCACUUCAUCUUUUCACUCCAGUCCACCACCGCCCAUCGAGCUUUCCCCAUUCCAUCGCCGCCGCCGCGCUUGCCAUCUCCACCCUCCACCGCGGCGCCAUGCUCCGGCUCCGUCGCAGCCUCCUCUCCCAGAUCCUCUCUUCUCCCUUUGCCUCUCCCAUCUCCCACCUCAGCCGCUUCAUCUCCGCCGCCGCGCCCGCCGUCUCCCGGAACCCUAGAUUCGCCGUGGAGGAGUACCUCGUCUCCACCUGCGGCCUCACCCGACCCCAGGCCCUCAAGGCCUUCCCCAAGCUCUCCCACCUUAAAUCCCCCACCAAGCCCGACGCCGUCCUUGCCUUCCUCGCCGGCCUCAGCCUCUCCCCCGCCGACGUCGCCGCCGUCGUCGCCAAGGACCCCAAGUUCCUCUGUGCCAGCGUGGAGAAAACCCUGGCCCCCGUCGUCGUUGGGCUCACCGGCCUCGGCCUCGGCCUCUCGCGUUCUCAGAUCGCGCGCCUCGUCUCACUCAUCGGUGUCACUUUCCGAUGUAGAUCCAUCAUCGCCGGGCUGCAGUACUGCUUGCCCCUCUUCGGCUCCUCCGAGAACCUCCUUCGAGCCCUACCUCUAGCGGGUGGCUCCGUUCUCGGGUCCGACCUGGAGCGGGUGGUCAAGCCCAAUGUCUCCUUCCUGCUCGAGUGCGGGCUAGGUGCUUGCGAUAUUGCCAAGCUCUACGCAUAUACUCCGUCACCGCUCAGCAUCAGCACGGAACGCAUCCGGACAGCAGUGGCAUGCAUCGAUAGUCUUGGUGUACACCGUGGAUCUCCGAUGUUCAGACAUGCACUACAAGCUGUUGCAUUCCUCAGCGAGGAGAAAAUCACCACCAAAGUGGAGCACUUGAAGAAAGCGUUCAGGUGGUCAGAUGCCGAGGUGGGCAUUGCCGUUUCUAAGGCUCCAACGGUGCUGACGAGGUCCGAGAACUUGUUGCAGAGCAAAUCGGAUUUCCUUAUCUCCGAGGUGGGACUGGAACCAGCAUACAUUGCUCACCGACCGAUAAUGCUCACUUACAGUCUAGAGGGCCGGCUCAGGCCCCGGUACUACGUUGUCAGAUUUCUCAAGGAAAAUGGAUUGCUAGAUCACGACCGGGACUACUAUGCUGCAGUCAUGAUCAGCGAGAAGGUAUUCGUCGAGAAGUUCAUAUGCCCUCAUAAGGAUGCUGCACCGCAUCUCGCUGAAGAUUAUGCAACAGCUUGCAGAGGGGAGGUUCCAGCUAGAUGAACCAAGACUAAUAAGAAAAUUGAUAUUUCAAGUGCCCUGGUAAUCGUACCACAGAAGCAAAUCGAUGCUUGUAUGGUAUGGUGCUGAAAAGCAGAGGGCAAAGGAGAUGGUCGAUGCUAAUACCGGUGAAGAGAUGUGAUUUAAAGAUCAACUGUGUGUCCCUUCUCUGGUACUUGUUGAAAUUGUAGAAACAAGAUUAAUGAAAUCUAGGCGGGGGGAACGGGUCGGAUGAUGAAGUGACUUACCACCAGGUGAAGAUGUGCUGAAACUGGAUGUAGAUGGUGCUUUUUUUUCUUCUUCCAGGAAACGAGAGGAAACAUGGCGGCAAUGGCUUGGCUGUACUAUACAUUAUUCUGAAGGUUCUGUUAGUUGAUGACACCCUGAAGCUUCAGCAACAAGUAUGGCCUGACAAUGCAUGAGUUUUAUUCAGGGAAGCUCCUACUUUUCUCUUUUUUGCAUCUUGCAAGCUAAGUAAUCCUUCUAGUAUUGUACUAUAGCUUUGAAUAAACUAGUAGCAUCUGGUGCUUUAAUCAAUUUUCUACAUUUUGGUGCAUCUUCAUUUGGAUGUAAACAAUCUGAACGAGUCACACAUGCAUGUAAAAAGUAGGCGGUAUGUAAAUUUUGUACUCUGAAGUCUGAAGUCUGAAUUCGAAUCAGAGCUGAACGUUAGCCAUGAAUCUUUCAAACUUCAUGUGUGAACUCUGAAACUUAUUAUACCCAAUUCAAGUGUGAAGCUAUAGUAAGCAUUUAGAAUUCUUUCAGGAGCCAGGUUAACUCAAAUCUGAGCAGUAAGUUGCCAGCAGCUAAUAGGCUAAACUUUUAUUUACAAUUUCACUCCAGUCUCUUCAGAGCCACAACUAUUAUACUGAGAAGAGUAUCAACAUUUUCCAUUAUCAUAGCAGCAUAUGUGUGACAAGAGGUCUUAUGUUUUCAGAACGUUGGGACUGGGCUUAACUAAUUAUGAUGAGAAAUCACUUUCUAUCUUAUACAUCAGUGAUUAGAGGAUUUUGGUUCUCCUGUCGUUUUCAAUGUCCAAUUUAGUCUAUUAAAAUAGGCAUGUUUUCAUACAGGUUCACCAAAAGGGAAAUGUCAUUUUACAGUGUCAGCGGAUAAAACUGUUUUACAUUGAAGUGUAAAGCGUACAUUUAGUAUCUAAUGUAUUGAAGGCACGGCGAUGAAAUCCAAGUGGAGAUGCUAGUUGAUUAGCAUCAUUCUUAUUUCUGCAAUUCAUUUCUGCAACAUUUAUGCAUAUCCAUUUAGAGUAGAUAAAUAAACUUCACUAGUGAACUUACUGCAUGAAGGCAAUGUGCUGAAAGUUGAUAAUGAAAUACAGCUCCUGAAUUAAUCCCUAAGAUCAUUACAAUUAUCUCUAUGGAGCAGAGAAGGAAAGACCACCGCGGCCAUGAGGACGACCAGGAGAGCAGCACCAACUGGAGGAUGAUGUAGUAUUGCUUCUGUUUCCAGAUCAAACUCAGCAAGGUUGUAUACCAACUGAACUUUUACACGAAGAGGAGAGCCUAAUGAUGAGAGAUUUAGGGGAUUGAACAGGACUAUAAAUUGAUGAGUCCAAAUAAACAGUGGCUGGGUUUGAACAUGGACAGGUAUGGUGCCACGUAUGGGGAUUCAGCACAAGAUAGCCCAAACUACAACCACAUCAAAGUGCUCUUUCGUUCCUCUGGUCAUUGCUAGCUCCUGAUGAAACUGAUACUCUCCAUUCCUUGAUGGCACGGUUUUGAAAUUUUCCAUCCUCAUAUCAUGUUGACACCACAUGUUGGAAUAGAGAUAUUACGAGAUCAGGCGAAUCUUCGCUGCACUAAAAAUGCUAUUUAGUAGGUGGUUCCUUGCAAGAAGAUUUCAGUAUUUUUCACUAGGCGCAUUGUGAAGUUAUCAUUUCUCAGCUGUCCCAGCAAAUGAGAAAAGUGGUGUAGCUUUCCUCAUCAAUAUCAAGAAAUCAAUAGACAAUCGUUUCCUGUCUAGUAGAUAAUUAGAGGCAACUUGGGAUGGCACCGGCUGGGGGCUCUUCACUCUGAAGGAGGGCCAGCAAAGUUUGAGCUGAAAAGGUGGACAUUUACUGUAGGGCAUGUAGACAGUUUGCCAGCUCAAUAUAAGUUGUGCAAUUGGCUUCUAUUGCCAAUUGAUGUCGGCUGAUUGUUGUUUCAGAAAUCUCUCCCUACUUGGGAAAGGAAGAUGGCGACUGUUGGACACUUUGGGGGAUCCAGAAGGCCAGAAAAUAUGGCAUGUUUCGAGAUGCGAUCCCAGCUCACUGGUCUCUCAUAUGGCAUGUAGAGGUAACGGAGGAAAAAACGGAGGUGCCACAACAGGGCGCAAAGCUCAUGGCGUCUGAGGUGAUCCAUUUUUUUUUGAUAAGGAGGAUAACCCCCGACCUCUGCGUCAAGCGAUGCACACAGCCAUCCAUGGAGGCAGGAGUCUUCUCUUUUCUGGGUGGCUGUAUUGUAUUGAACACUCUUAUGACGGGUUUAGCAAUGCUGAAAGAACAUUCAUCAUUUUCUGCUACGGAUGUACAGAAUGAACAAGUUUGCCUCCAGAAUUGCAGAAUAGGCUUAAUUGCAGAAUUCUGGAACCAUGACAAUUCAGGUUACUAUGAAUCUUGGAAUCUUCCUAUCUGACUUAAACCCAAGUGAACAAGCUAUCUAUGGUAAGUGAAAGUUGUUUCUGAAUCUAUCAGGCCUUAAUUGUUCAAGUCUGAUUUUUAUAAUGGCAGCUGCAAUU